GUCCCACCCAAUCGCCGCCGCCGCCGACCUCCUCCCUCUCCCCCAAUGCCAACCCCACCGGCGGUGAGCUCGUCUCCCCGAGGCCCAUCCUCUGCCCUCCACCCCACCGCUGGCGCCCUUAGUCUCUCCUUCAUCUCCCUACGCUCCAAAUGGGGGGGGUCGCGGCCGUGCACCCAGAUCGAGAGGGGAGGCCGUGUCACUCCUGCCGCGGCCGGAUCCAAGGCCCAGCCCGUGGGGUCCUGCUCGGGCUCCUCGCAGGGGCCACGGCGGCGGGAUCCACAACCACGGCGGGUUCGAACCCUAGCCGCCGCAGUGGGUCACCGGCACGACCCCCGCACCUCCGACGGGCACCGACACCAAGGGUCGCUCUACGCGGGCCUUCAUCAGCGCCAGCUUCACCACCAGGACCUGCAGCCUCCUCCUCCGGCGUUCAUCUGCAUCAGGGCAGCCUGUCGUCUUCCUCCACGGGGGUCCUGGGCUAGCACUUCGCCCGGCAACUGUGGAUUCUUCAAUCCGGAGUUCUACAGGAUCGUGUUGUUCGACCAGAGAGGCACUGGAAGAGCACUCCCUAUGCUUGUCUAUAGGAGAACACCACCUAGGACUUGGCGGCUGACAUUGAGAAGAUGCCAUCUCUGUCUGGCAACAUAUGGACCUGAUUACAUUCAGGUGCUCAUUGAGCUGUCUAAGAACAAGUAGAUCAUCAUUUCACCAUCUUCGGCCGCCCCAGGAUGUUGGCCUUCAUUCUUCAAAAGUUGGGUGUACAGGAGCUCUAGGAAGAAGAAUCCCGAAGAAAAACCACACCCAGCAAUGCGUUUUUAGCUCACUGGAGAUAGUUAUGUGUGAAGCUAGUUAUGUGUAUAUUUAGUUGUAUUUUAUAGCUAAAUACUAGAUUUGUACUAUGUACUUUGCUUGGCUGUUGUAAUGUAAUCUCAGUUUUGGGUGUAC